AUGAACGAGGUGGAACGCUACGAGGCAGUACGUCACUGUCGGUACGUUGACGAGGUCAUCAAGGCAUCACCCUGGGAGUAUGAUAUGGAGUUUGUCACAGCUCACAAGAUUGACUUUGUCGCGCAUGAUGAUAUUCCCUACGAGACAGCGGACUCCGUCGAUGUGUACAAGUGUUUCAAGGAGAGGGGAAUGUUCCUUGUAACCCAACGGACUGAAUGCAUCUCAACCACAGAUGUAAUCGGCCGCAUCCUUCGGGACUAUGAUGUCUACCUUCGUAGAAACAUAAGCCGAGGUCUGUCAAGGAAGGAACUCAACAUCAGCUAUGUUAAGGUAGGAAAUUUGGUACAUUUCUGGAUUUUGUCAAAAGUCAUCUUAGUCGCCUUUAUUUGGACACGAGGCGGCAUUGACAGUAUCGCCAAAGUAAGCAGGCACUCUGUCAGUUUGAAUGCGCGUGCAUUUGGAAUUUUGACUAAUUUGACUCUUCUUCCCACCGUCGCAAUGUGCGGAGUAGCCGCAGUCAGCUGA